GGCCGGCCGUGGAAAGGCCGAGCGGCCACCCGCGGCUGCUGCCCCGCCGCGUUCUUGGAAGCCGUCGCCGCCGCUUCUUCUUCCAUGGCCGGGUCGGUGCGCGAGGGCUCCGGCUCGUUCCUGGCGCUCCUUCUGGGGCUGCUCCUGCUGGCUUUGCCCCACGGCGGGGCCGAUCCCCUCCGCUCUCCCGCGGCCCCGCUGCGCUUCAACGUCAGCCUGGACAGCCCUCCCGAGAGCCGGUGGGACCCGGUCGCCCAGCACUUCGACCCGGCGUUCAUGCGGACCGUGCUCAACCACAUCAUCGAUUCUGUGAUCCCCAAAUGGGUCCAUGCCAUUAUUCGAUCUAUCGCAGAAGACCUAGAAAACUUCAUCCCUCAGCCUUACGAAGGAGAGAUUCGGGGACUUGCCCAACACUUCGGGGUUAGCGUUGGCGACGGGCUCCUGCUGAACCUGGCCUACGAAUUCACUGCCUUCUGCACCAGUAUUGUUGCUCAAGACAAGCAAGGAAAUAUAUAUCAUGGUCGGAAUAUGGACUACGACUUUGGAGAGUAUUUACACAAGAUUACUAUCGAUGUGGAUUUUAUCAAGGAUGGGCAGGUAAAAUUCCAAGGCACUACGUUCUUCGGCUAUGUCGGUUUAUGGACAGGACAAAGUCCACACAAGUUUUCCAUCUCUGGGAAUGAACGAGAUGUUGGCUACUGGUGGGAGAAUGCCAUGGCAGCCUUUUUGGCUCGAUUCAGUCCAGCCAGCUGGCUUAUCAGAAGUACUCUAAGCGAAGCGGAAGACUUUGAAACGGCUUUCUAUAUGCUCGCCAAGAUACCCAUUAUAGCCAAUGUGUAUUAUAUCAUUGGAGGCUUGACAUCCAAACAAGGGGCAGUAAUUACAAGAAAAAGAAUAGGCCCAGUAGAUGUUUGGCCUUUGGAUCCUUUAAAUGGGGCGUGGUACCGAGUGGAGACCAAUUAUGACCACUGGACCAACCCACCGAUUUAUGAUGAUCGAAGGACUCCAGCUAUUAAAGCACUAAAUGCGACAGGACAGGAAAAUAUCAAUCUUAAUUCCCUAUUUAAGGUAUUCUCGACCAAACCUAUAUUAAACAAGAUCACCAUUUAUACCACUUUGAUGAGUAAUGCAGAUCCAGACAAGUAUCAGACUUUUAUCUGGACCCCAGAGUGAAAAUCUAAAAUGAAGGAAUGAAAAUCUUUGAAAACGCAAAGGUCGAUAUUUUACACUAGUUCAGAUUUGCUGAUACAACCCACACCUGAUAUAAUCACUAAUGACGAUCCUCUGAAUUAAACUCAUACAUGAUACUUCAGUCAUCUCCUUCCUCUCAUAAAUAUACUACUAUAAUUGGUUAUGACAGAAUGAGCGAUGUAAGCAGAUAAUUGGAAAUGAUGUAAUAAAUCUAAC